AUGGGGGCCGAGGGGCCCGCACAGGAUGGCCAGCAGCAGCAGCAGAAAAAGAGGAAGAAGCAGCAACCGCAGCAGCAGCAGAAGGUUGCUGCAGCAUCGAACCAGAAGCCACCAGGAUCCGUAGCAGCAACAGCAGCAGAGAGCAGCAACAGCAAGGACAACAACAACAGCAACAACAAGAACAACAAGAACAGCAACAAUAAGAACAACGACAACAACAACAACAACAACAACAGCAACAGCAGCAGCAACGCCAGCAGCAGCAGCAGCAACAAACAGACGAUUGAGGCUCUGUUUGCUCCUCUUAAGUUAGCCAAGCAGCAGGUGCAGCAGCAGCAAAAGAAGCAGCAGGAGGAGAGAGAGAAGCAGCAACAGCUGAGGAAGCAGAAGCAGAAGGAGAGGAAGCUGCUGAAGGAAGCAGCAGCAGAAGCAACAGCAGCAACAGCAGCAGCAGCAGCAGUACCAAGGAAGAGAACAGCAGAUGGUCUCCCUAUUUACACCAUGGAGGAGCUGCAAAUCGCUGUAGCAGCAGCAGCAGCAGCAGCAGAAAUUGAAGCAGCAGCAGCAGCAGCAGUAGCAGUAGGAGCAAUACCAGAAGGUGUACCAGCAGAAGCAGUAGCAGUAGGAGCAGCAGCAGCAGCAAGAGCAACAGCAGCAGCAGCAGCAACUGUAGAAGGUAGUAGUGAUUGA